GCGCAGGGGCUCCAGUACGCGUGCGCGAGCGGCGUCCGCCCCUCCCCCGCCCUGCACUGCUCGGUGGGCCUGGGCGCCUCGGGCUCAGCGGGGGAGCCGCGCCGCGGGAGCGUCAGGUGAGGGGGCGCCCGACCCGAGGUCAGUGGGCAUGGGGGUGGGAUCGGGGGCCUUCCCGGCUAUGUCCCCAGCGCGCAUCGAGAAGGGGAGGCGACCUGGCGGGGACCACGCCCUGCCCUGAACUGGCCCGGGACAGACCCAGCUGGAGGGGAUGCAGGUGACACCAUGGGGGAUCGAGGCACGCGACUUGGGCUUCGCACUGCUCCCGAGGGGGUCGCAGGGCUUCCUCGCCGCUCCAGUCUCCGCACAGAUGGGUGCCCUGGAGACGGUAACAGCCAUCGCAGAAUCCUGUGUGUGACGCCCCGCCCCCUGCCCAACCGGAUUAGAGGGCUGUCCGCUGGGUAAAAGGAUUUCUGGGCUGGCCUCCUCUGCUCUUCCCGCCUGGGCCCUCAUCCCUGCUCAGGCCGGCCCUUUUAUUCCAAUCAGCGUCUAGGGGGUGUCCCUGUGAACAGUGCCUUGAAUCCUGAGGAGGAAGCCAAGAAGCCCCUCUACUUAAGAGGACUGGCUGCUGGAGCCUGAUUGGGCAAGACCUGAACCAGCCCUUAUGCUCAGGGAAGUGGAUCCCAGGAGCCCAGAGUAUGCCUUUAGAUUCUUGGGCUUCACGCACAUCCUGAGACACCUGGGAACUGACUCUGCCUGGGCCAAAGCUAUUCCAUUAAAACUUUUGCUGUGCCUACCUCAUUUCUAGUGACUUUAAAUAAUCAUAUGAGUUACAAUUUAGAGCAAGAUUCGAACAGACAUCAAGGGCACUUGGUCCCUUUCCACAUGACUCACUCUUGCUAGCAGAGAGACUUGGAAAACAGGCAGUUACUCAGAGUGGGGACCAUUUGAGGAAGGGCUGGAGGCUGCAUGACAGCACACCCUCAGCUUUGCUGUCCCUGGCUCCAGACUAGCUGGCUCCUCAGCCCAUGUCCCCACCUUGAAAACUGGACUCACUGUGCCUGGAACUAGACACAGGUCUUCCCAUCUUUAUAGGAUCACCGGUUCAUGUGCAUAAAUCCCCAACACACUAUAUAUUCCUUUACCAUCCAGGAGGUCACUGCUCCCAGAGCCCACUUGGGAACUAUCCUAGAAACCCAGUUGGUGGCCCAAGGCCCCAACCCAGCUGUUCCAGGGCCCUUCCUACUCCCCAAAACAGAAGCACUUUUCUGGGAAACAGAGAGAACGUAGGCCAUGGCUCGUGAACUGACUUUCCUAUUGUGUAUCACAUCCCCCAAUUGUCUAACAAGUUCCUGAGAAUUAACCCUAAUUCUGUCUAAGCUGUUCCACCCACCCUCACCCCCACAAGGGCUUGGGCAGGGGCUGGCCAAGCUAUGCUUGCAUUUUCCUGUGGCUGGUGGCUCCCAGGAUCAGUUCUACCCAUGUUUCCCAUCAACAUACAUCAGAAAUUAGACACAGGGUGUGGGUCUCCAUCCAUGUUCUUCGCUGGCUCUCAAGUGUUAGGGGCAGGCCUGCCAACCUGUGUUUCAGGAGGCACAUCACAUCCAGGGUGGACUAUAAGGAGGCCCGUCAGGAGGUUGCAGCUUCGUGGUCCGCGGCCGGUCCCGCGGGAGAUGGCCCCGGGGGCGCCCACAUUGCUGCUGCUGUGGCUGCUGUGGUUCCCUGGCUUCCCGCCCCGCGCUGCCGGCUGCCCAGCCGCCUGCCGCUGCUACAGCGCCACGGUGGAGUGCGGCGCCCUGCGGCUUCGCGUCGUCCCGUCCGGAAUCCCACCCGGGACGCAGACGCUGUUCCUGCAGGACAACAGCAUCGCGCGCCUGGAACCGGGCGUACUGGCGCCUCUCGCCGCCCUGCGCCGUCUCUACCUGCACAACAACAGCCUGCGCGCCCUGGAGCCAGGCGUCUUCCGCGCGCAGUCACGCCUGCUAGAGCUAGCGCUCACCGGCAACCGGCUACGCGGCUUGCGAGUUGGCGCUUUCGCGGGCCUGGCCCAGCUGCGUGCACUCUACCUGGCUGGUAACCAGCUAGUGCAGCUGCUGGAUUUCACCUUCCUGCACCUACCGCGACUGCAGGAGCUGCACCUGCAGGAAAACAGCAUUGAGCUGCUGGAGGACCAGGCCCUGGCUGGGCUUUCCUCACUAGCACUGCUGGACCUCAGCAGGAACCAACUGGGCACCAUCAGUCGUGAGGCCCUACAGCCCCUGGCCAGCCUGCAGGUCCUGCGCCUCACAGAGAACCCAUGGCGCUGUGACUGUGCCCUGCACUGGCUGGGAGCAUGGAUCAAGGAAGGGGGCCAGCGGCUGCUCAGCUCCAGGGACAAGAACAUCAUGUGUGCAGAGCCCCCGCGCCUGGCACUUCAAAGUCUCCUGGACAUAUCUGGCAGUAGCCUCAUCUGCAUCCCGCCCUCUGUACACGUGGAGCCGCUGGAGGUGACGGCCAACUUGGGUGAGGACCUGCGCGUUGCCUGCCAGGCUUCCGGCUACCCGCAGCCCCUGGUGACCUGGAGAAAGGUGGCCCAGCCUCGUGAAGGGCAGCCACGGGCCCAGAUCCAGCCAGAAGGCGGGGCACCGCGCCCAGGCGGGCCCGGCGCCUCUGACACGGGCAGCGGCAUGCUCUUCCUCACCAACAUCACCCUGGCCCACGCUGGAAAGUACGAGUGCGAGGCCUCCAACGCCGGCGGCGCCGCCCGCGUGCCCUUCCAGCUCCUGGUCAACCUGUCCCAGCAGCAGCAGCUGCAGCUGGCGCCCCCGCCGCCUCCGGCCGCCGGCCCCGUCAGCCACGAGCCCCUGCAAGAGGCCGGCAGCAUGGCCUUCCGCGCCCUGGGCCUGGCCACCCAGACGGCCAUCGCGGGCGCCAUCGCGCUCCUUACGCUCACGGCGCUGCUGCUGGCGACCAUGAUCUGCCGCCGGCGGCGCAAGAGAAAAAAGGCGCCGGGACUGCCGGGGGAGGGCGCGCUGUUCGUCAACGACUAUUCGGACGGGCCCUGCACCUUCGCGCAGCUCGAGGAGCUCCGCGACGAGCGAGGCCACGAGAUGUUCGUCAUCGACCGUUCCAAGCCACUCUUCGCCGAGGGCCCGACGGAGGCUGCCGAUGGCGCAGCAACCGGGCCGGCGCAGGGCCUCCCGCUGCAGCCGCCGGCAGCCUACGAGAUCCACUGCUGAAGAGUGCGGCCCAGAGGGGCGGGCGGGCGCUCGCUGAUGACGUAGUCUUCGCGGAUUGGCGGGCCCGAGGGCUCGCCCCGCGCAUGCUCCAGCGCAGUCAGUAAAGGGUAAAAGCUG